AUAUUUAAAGAUGGCCGUCAGUUCGUAUAGGAGGUUCCUGGGUGCAGGGUGAAAGUGGAAGUCAAGUGAAUGCUUUAUCGCGUCGUAGUUACAUCCGCAGCGAAAUAUCGAGUGAACUCUCGCCCGAGCGACAGCUUCUUGCGUUUUCUCCGAAUUGUACUGAACUCGAGGAGAAGACGGACCAUCUCAGGAAAAUGGGCCGGUCGCGUUCCAGAUCGAAAUCGCCGAAUAGGCGGCGUCACAAAAGCAAGCACUCUCGCAAACGGUCCAAAUCGCGUGAGAAACACUCCAACAACAAAUAUUCAGACAAGCCGAAAGAACGUAGUUCCAAAUCCAGAAAACGAUCCCAUUCUGCAUCAUCCAGCAGUGGUUCGGAAGUAUCAGACGAUGUGCACAUUGUUAGUCACAAGAAACGUUCGUACAGGGACAGAGAUCGAAAAAUGGAUGAAGUGGAGAGACUAGCAGAAAUGGAGCGGCAAAGGAAAAAGAAAGAAUUAAUGAACAAAAUCUUCACUACGAGCUCAGCUGGAAAGAAACGGUUCUGGAAUGGUGCUCUGGAAGAAGAUUGCUGCUUAUCUGUCUGCAGACGUCAGCGCGAAGUGGAACAAAAGAUGGUAGAAGAGGAAGCAGCCAAACGUAUUGAGGAACUUGUACAAAAAAGGGUGGAAGAGGAGCUUGAAAAACGUAAAGAGGAAAUUGAAGCAGAGGUGCAAAGGCGGGUGGAAGAAGCGAAGAGGGCUAUGGAGCGUCAAGUGAUGGAGGAGAUGGAAUGGAGGCAAGCGAAACUACGUGAGGAGGAGAAACGAAGAGAGGAGGAAGAGCGGAAGAAGCGUGAGGAACUAGAGAGGAUUAUGGAGGAGAACAACAGAAAGAUAGAGGAAGCUCAGAAGAAAUUGGCUGAAGAAAGAUUGGCUAUGGUUGAAGAACAACGAUUAAUGGAAGAAGAGAGGCAAAAAAUGAGAAAGGAGCACGAGAAACGCGUUAAGGAGGAACAGAAGAGAAUCUUAGGCAAAAACAACUCGAGGCCUAAAUUAUCCUUCACUUUAAAGCCGGUUACGUGAGUCUGUGUAUUGUUUCAUACAGUUUGAUGUGAUAUGUACACAAAAUCUUGUCAGUUUUCAUACUUGAAUCGCGAAAACAGUCGCCAUAAGGCUGCAUCUACAUAGAUCUACAUUAUAGACUUUAUAGUGCAGUAACGUAAGACCCAAAAAGUUCACCCUAAUGUAUUCAAAACAGUUGUUGAAAUCACACAAGGCAAGAUUAAAUUUUAUUUGAUUGUGAUGAUGGAUGCAUCAAAAUUAAAUAAUUAAUUCUUGUCUUGUGAGGUUUCAAUGUAGAUACAAAUGGGAUUUCACGUUGUGCGAGAAUACACUGACAUCAGUAUGAACAAAAUAAGUUUUUAAUCAUGAAAAGUAUUAUAUACAUGUAUAUAUAAUGGUAAAAAAAUACAUAAUAUCUU